AUGAUAUACAGAGCGCCAAUGUCUCCAACAGCUACCAACCCUAUCCUAUCCGCCUUAGACAUGCGCACAAUAUCAAGAAUCACUAUUUGGAGCCCCGCUUGGGUUGCUGCUGAAUGUAAAGAAGAUGCACGUUGUUUGUACUCAGGUGCUCCAUUUGGGCCCAGGAACCAUCAAAAUGGCUUUAAUCUGGGGUCUACAACUCCAGAAAUUUCUGUACCGUCUGGUGCGGAUCUCAUAUAG